UUGGCGCGGGCUUUGUAACUGCGUGGUCACUAUCGUCGCAUUUUGUGGCUUUCCUUCAGCUUGUACGAGAUCCAUAUAAUGUUAAACGUAGCAGCGAACUUAUGUAAUUGUAGAUCCACCUAAAUCAAUGAGGCAAGCAGUACAACUGGUGCGCAUAGAGUUGUGCGGCAUGUCGAAGGCAAAAUACAAAGCAAAACGAAACCGUUGAUGAAGCACAGCUGUUGGUCCCCGCAUAAAGGGACCGCCUCGCUUCCUUUAUUUGCUUUCGCUCACUUCAAGAUGAGCAGAGAUAUGCUGCUACGUAAAGUGUACAUCACGUGUGUACUUUUCGGUUCCCUUCAUAGCUGCGUCGGAUCAGGUGACUCGGAUUUGAACAGAAUCACUCAUCACAGGAACCUUCUGAAACACCUUUUCGACCCAGAGAGGUACACCAACGACAUUCGUCCAGUCUUCUAUCACACGAACGUAACGGUGUUGACGUUAGACCUGCUGAUCCAGGAGAUUGCCGAUAUGGACCAUUCAAGGCAGACGGUCAAAGUGAACGUAAUCAUCUCCGCGAAAUGGAGAGACGAGUUCUUGACGUGGAAGCCCGACGACUAUGGGGGCCAAGAUUUUAUCACAGUCCCAGCUGAAAAGAUAUGGGUACCGGAAAUCGCCGCCAUGAAAGACCUUUCGUCUCUCCUGACGUCAUCACCACGAGGAGGCAGUUAUGGCCGCCCGAUGGCGCGCGUGGACGCGUCCGGGUCUGUUUCGCUGGACCACUUGAAGCAGCUGCCGGCGAGUUGCGUCGCCACGCCGGAGGGUUUCUGGUCGAGCCGCUACGACUGCCAAAUGGUCGUGCACACGUGGGACAUCGACGGUCGCGAGGUGCGCUUGCAGGGCAAUGUGCGCGUCGACGUCGAGGACAACCCAGCCUGGGAAGUGUCGCAGCCGAGGGUCAAGAUCCUCUUCCAUGCCGCCAUGGGCUGUCAGAUGGUGCUGAGGAAAAGGUACGAGCCGAGCUUGGCGUGCCCGACCGUGGCGGUGGUGUUGCUGACGCUGGCCACUUUCUGGCUGCCGACGACGGGACCCAGGGUGACCCUGUGCUGCGCCAACUUCCUAGUCGCUAUCAUCUGGCUUUCGACUCUCACCGAAUACCAUGCGGGAUCAAUUAGCACCGCGCCUCAUGUGGUGUUCCUGUCCCUAUCGGCAACGCUGGCUGCCGUGUCCCUGGCUUGGGCCGUCGCCACUCACAAGUUGCUGCACUCCGCCGACCGAUGCGAGGCUCCCCGAGGUCUGGUCCACUUGUUGGAGACGCCUUUCUGGCAGUUCCUCUGCGUCGGCGGCUUCCAGCCGGCUUCGGCGGCGGCCGCGCGGGAAACGGAGAUGGAGCACCUCAGCCACGACCCACCAAUGGCGGCUGAGGUGGCGGCCCCGGCUUCGACCAAUCAGGAGCCGCGACUCAGGGAGGAAUGGCACGCCGUGUCGCGAGCUGUCGACAGGGCGCUGUUCGUCGCCUUCGUCGUGUCGUUCAUCUCGUUUCGUCUGGUGUUCGGGGGGCCCCACUGGGGGGCGAGUUCGCGCGUUGAUGAACAGCAGUAGCAAUUCCCGCUGAAACGACGACGAUGACACAACAGCAAUAAUAAUACUAAUGAUAAUAAUAAUCAAUCACAUCAAAUGUUUAUUAUAGUGCCCAGGAACAUCUACGUAGCCUUCAUACUGGUGCACUUGAAAAUUAAUAAGCGAGACAGAAAUGUGCAGAAAAGACAAACGUGGUCGACGAAACAAUGUGAGGUGGAGAAGCGAACAUCUGGGUACACCUAAGAACUUAUGAGUUGUGAAUUAGAAAGUGGUAAUGUCCAAUUGAAA